CCCUCUCUGUCUCUUUUUCGGCUCAGACUCCACAAAAGGAACCCGGAACAAGUCUCUCUCCUCGGUCAACGCCAUGUGCCAGUUUGUCGCCGAGCGAGGAGGAUCGAAAGCCGAGUGCCGCCAGCGCAACGUGCAAGACAAGAAGAACAACCUUGAGGACUUGCUGAGGAAAGCCGCGCAUGAGAGCCGAGAAGCAGCGAAUGCCAUCAUGAAGAGGCGGAUCCGUCAGCGCUUGCACAAGAAGUUGGGCUGUGUCCUUUCCAAGACAGACUUCUCAAUGGCCAUGCAACGCUUGAAGGUCUUGGAAGCGGAGCUGGAGACUGCCAACAAGGAUUUCCAUUCAGCAGAUGUACCAGUUUGGAACACGUUCAUCCGCUUCAAGAUGCCGGCACCGCAGACCAGUCAACGACGGUGCCGUUCAGUGGGCUGAUUCGGCAUGCAGUGGCCUUGUGAAGUUGCUGCGGUGCAUCGAAACACCCAGACGCGACCCUGGACCCUCAUAUGGAGGGACCGGUCCCUCGGAGAGGUCUGGGGUCUCAAAUAGGGCUGUUUGGCAGCGCGUUUGGGCACCACAUAUUUCGUUCCCGCAUUUGUUGGUCAGUGAGAUGCAAGUAUUUGGCAUUUGGGUUCUUUUCAACGUUUUCCUGCAUGGUCCUUCCAUGCACCACAAUUUUUGGGUGAGGUCAAUAUCCGAACCCACUCCUGCUGCACAGUCGGCCAUUACUGACGUGAUCUAACGCUGUUGGUAGGAUGUCUUCAGUGAGUGUACUUUGGUGUCCGAGAAGACCCUCCAAAGAGUUCGGUCGAGGUUUGGUUUUGGGUGGUGUAGUCGAGCCCCCCAAAAAGGUGAAACAGAUAGUGUUCUUUGAGAUUCAACCAUUCCAUCUCAUUCAAUCGGUCUUUGCGAGCGAUUUCACCGUGGAACCACGGUCUCGGACGACUCCGCCAUGCUGUAGCAGGAAAUGACGGACUUGGAUCGCCGCUGCAAGUCCCAUGAUACUUGCGCUGAAGCGGCCGCAGGGCAGCUGUAAAGAGGGCCCCAUGCGUAGCAGCGCUCCUUUUCCACCAAAUCCACGACACGC